GUUAUCACCGGCCAUCUCUUAAGCCUCAUGCUGAAGCGCACUUAAAGGUGCAUCAUUCUCAGGGCGCACUCACCGGCUUCAGUCUCUCCGAGGCUUCCAAAAGCAUACCCAACCUUCUGGUAGCCACUCGUACACCACCAUCAUGACGACGUUAUCGGAGCAUCUUCACAACCACAAUGCCUCGCCUUCAGAGUGUACCAACGAACCGGUCAAUAAUUCUGGUCAUGAGGACAGCACGACCGGUGGAGGAGGGUCAUCAGGAGGAGGAGGUGGUGGCGGCCAGGGCACUGGAACGAGCCCUCCGGAUGAAAAGUGAUGAGAACGAUUUGGAGGCGGGAGUGCCAGCUUAAAUCGCUGCCUUCUAAGACGAUUGUCUUCGACGUGUAAAUGGACGACGAAGCGCAUGCAUUGGCGUUGGGAUUGCGAGGCAUUCUUUGGGUAUCGGUCGUUUUGUGUAAGCCUGCGACUGGGAUUCGAUUCGGGGCCAGAGGCCCUGUCUGGAGGACAUGAUAUGCACGACUUAGAAACAGACACAUAGUUGCCGGCAAUGCUGUGAGGGCGCCUUGAAGAUGC